ACCUGCCAAACUGGCGGGGCUUUCAGGGGAGGUCAUGGUAGUGGGGUCUGAAAAAAGGAAUCCUUCUAUCCUUUCAUUUGUGAAACUACACUGAGGGCGGGAAAAAACCCUCUUCUUGGGCUCCAGGAGGUAAUUAUUAUGCAGGGGCAGUUCUGGUGAAACAAAAAGCCCCAACCUCUGAGGAUUAAGGGUCAGUCGCCCCAAACAGGGAGAAGAGUGCAGACUGAGCUUCCUGAGAGGGAGCAGCUGAUGGAAUCUUCCUCCUGCAUGGAUGAGAGGAUGGUCGGCUGACGUCUGAGCUCCCUGAUUGGCUCACCGAGCUCCGCGGGUCGCAGCUGCCGCCAUGGCCAAAAGCCCCGAGGUGAAGCUGGCUGUUUUCGGCAGGGCGGGGGUCGGAAAGUCAGCUUUGGUGGUGAGAUUCCUGACAAGACGCUUCAUCUGGGAGUACGACCCCACCCUUGAAUCCACGUACCGCCAUCAGGCCAACAUCGAUGACGAAGUCGUCACCAUGGAGAUUCUGGACACGGCUGGGCAGGAAGACAACCAGCAGAGGGAGGGCCACAUGCGCUGGGGGGACGGAUUCAUCAUCGUUUAUGACAUCACGGACCGAGGAAGUUUUGAGGACGUGGCUCCACUCCGGAGUCUCCUAGAGGAGGUGAAGAAGCCCAAGAACGUCCCUCUGGUUCUGGUGGGCAACAAGUCCGACUUGGAUCACGUGCGUCAGGUCGCCACAGAGGAGGGGGAGCGACUGGCGGCCGAGAUGGCGUGCGCCUUCUACGAGUGCUCGGCCUGCGCCGACGAGGGCGGCGCCGUGGCCGAGGCUUUCCACGAGCUAUGCAGGGAGGUGCGGCGGCGCAAAGCGGUCCAAGGCAAAGCCAGGCGCCGCAGCUCCACCACCCACGUCAAACAGGCCAUCAACAAGAUGCUGACCAAGAUCAGCAGCUAGGAAAGAGCGGCGCCGGCGGGGAGGACAGUUUUCCCACAGUAGAUUCUGACAGCAGGAGACGUGCUGUCAAUGUUUUUUUUAUUCUGAUUAUUUCCAAAAAAGAAGUCAAAACGCGUUUUCUUUGUCUUCUUGCAACUUCUGAGAGUUGCAAGAAGACAUUUGAAAGUUUUAGCCUGAAUUUCUUUUCCAGUUUGGGUCAAAAGACUCUUGACGAAACGAUACAGUCGCAGGUGAAGGUGUGAGAAAUGAUGUUCUCCGCAUUUAAGCAUUAAAAUCAGCCGAUAGCUGCAGACAAACACAGAUCUAACAGCCUGUUUCUCUAGCCUCACAUGGAAAACCAUCCGGUUCCUUCUGUCUGUCCGUCACUUCUGUCUGAGGAACCAAACAGGAGGUUAAGGAGGCGCUCAUCGCAUCUGAUGAGCAGAUGCUUUUAUGAUAUUUAACCAAGAAUGCAUCUGUACAUGUGUACAUAUGGUAGUAAACGGCCUAAAGCCCGGCUGUGUCCUACAGCUGGAGUGGACGACGAUAUAAAAAGAGGCUGUGAGUCUGUAGAUGUGGUCUGAGUUUGGCCCAAACAACCGUCUGUGUAAUUAAAAGCUGUGCCAUCA